CCCACAACUAUUUCAAGCUCAGCAGGAGCCCAGCGGCUCCAGUUCCAGAUCCCUGGAGCUUUGACAACCUCUUCCAAUCUUUUUUUCUCACCUUCCAAAGGUGCCCUUAGACCUUCCGACAUGGCUUGUCCCAUCUUUCUGGAAGGGGAAAACUGUAAGACUUCUUGGAAGGAAGCCACUGCGGGUUACAAUCCAGCCAACACUCACUUGGAAAUCAUGGGGAAGCCGGUGAUGGAGCGGUGGGAAACCCCCUACAUGCAUGCCUUGGCCAGCGUGGCUGCUUCACAAGGAGGCCGGGUGCUGGAGGUUGGCUUUGGCAUGGCCAUUGCUGCCAGCAAAAUUGCAGAGUUUGACGUCCAGGAGCAUUGGAUCAUCGAAUGCAACGAAGGAGUCUUCCAGAGGCUGCAGGAAUGGGCGAAAACACAGCCUCACAAGGUUGUCCCCUUGAAAGGGCUGUGGGAAGAUGUCGCACCAACCUUGCCGGAUGGACAUUUUAACGGGAUUCUCUACGACACGUACCCCUUGUCGGAAGACACCUGGCACACCCAUCAGUUUGACUUCAUCAAGGCGCACGCCCAUCGCCUCCUGAAGCCAGGUGGGGUCUUCACCUAUUGCAAUUUGACUUCCUGGGGGGACCUAAUGAAGAGCAAGUAUUCAGACAUCGAAAAGAUGUUUCAGGAAACACAAAUUACCCACUUGAUGGAGGCCGGUUUUGUGACCAAGAACAUCCACACUACCCUUAUGGACCUGAUUCCUCCAGCUGACUGCAGAUACUAUGCCUUCCCCAAGAUGAUCGUGCCUGCCAUCCUCAAAUAGGUCUCCCAGGGAGGAAGAUCUCUCAGGAUCAAAAAAAAGGGAUCGGUGUGUUGGCAAGACACACCAGCAGUCACAUGAAAUGUUCUCUCAUGGCAGAUGGGAGAGGUGAAAACUAAUGUGUGGAAGAGCCACGUUAGAGUUUUCCCUUGCUAAGAAUUUAUUUUAACCAG